AUGGCCUCCUCCAACCACGGCAUCGACACCGACGCCGACAUUGACCACGAUACAAACACCGAGUCCCCACACCCCGCGCAAGACCGCGUCCUCGGCACCACCGAGCUCCACGAACUCAUCCUCCUCCACCUCCCCAUGAAGGACCUCCUUCUCCGCGUCCAGCGCGUCAGCCGUGCGUGGCGAGACCUCAUAGCCGAGUCACCAGCGCUGCAAUUCGCGCUUUUCCUUCGGGCAGAGCCGGGGCCGGUGCCUUACCGCGAUGACACAUCGACGGAGACGGAAAUCGCGGCGGAGAACGAGACAGAGACGGGCUCGGGCACGGGCACUAGCGCAGCACUUCCAGAGACCAUCAACCUUCCAGGAUUUGAGGAUAUUUACCAUAUCCCGGCUGCAAGGGCAGCGGCGGAAGUAGCAGCGGCAGAAGCGGCAGUGGCAGUAGCAGACAACGAGUCCCGGCCCGAUCCCCUGCGGCUACGGCUCAACCCGCUCCUCCAGCGGCCCUUCACCAUCGGCUGGGAGUGCCGCGCCGACGGGACGCAGAGGCUGUGGCUCAGCAUGCGGGACGAGUUCCGCGAGUCGCUGCUCGAGCAUCGGCAGGCGUGCUGGCGGCGCAUGCUGCUGAUGCAGCCGCCGCAUCCGUACGAGAUUCGGUGUGCGGGCGAGGUCAGGAGGAUCAGAGGGAGGAGGGUCAGCGGCACGAGUGUCAGUUUGCCGGUGCUGGGGCAUACGCCCGUGGGCGAGGCGGUGGAGAAGGGGGAGGGGAUUUUGGAACUCGAGGUUGAGAGGCAGAGGGAGCCGCUGAGGAGGCUGAGGUGGACGAGCGCAAAUGGACCGGGUGCACCGGAUGUGUGGGUUAGGGGUAGAGGGGGCAGAGGAGGCAGAGGGGGUAGAGGGGGCUAA